GUUGUAUUACCAUAUUUUUUUGCCAAAUAGUUUUCCUUCCAAAACUGACACGACCGUCAAAGAAAAGUUGUCCUGUCAAGAUUGUUGCAAAGAAUAAUGUUAGCUUGAACUUCUUCAAACAAGAGUUGACACAUUCCUGUUUGCAAUCACACCAGCAUGGUAUUGAUGUGCAUUAACUCACCAUAGUUUCCUUCUCUGGACUUACAAUCUCACUGAACUGACUGCAUGUGAAACCACCUUACUGAUCUAUAUAUAGUGCAAUAACUUACAUAAUCAUAUAUCAUAUAGUACCUCAGUAAAAGAAAGAUCUACAUAUUAUACUAACAACUCGUAGUGCCAUUUGAUCCAAUUAGCCAUUCAAAUACAAAUUAUAUAAAUGUAUAUUAUAACAGCAGAUUGUAAAAAAUAGUAAUAACUUGCAGAAAAAUUAAUCUCAAAUUUAGGCUCAAAUUAUGAGUUUAUUAUCUUUAGUUUCUUAAAUUACUUUUAAGCCUGAACUAGUGUAGUUAAGAGAUAUAUUUUUUUUUGUAAUAAUCAGACAAAUUUCCUUUUUUGUUUUCUUCUGAAAUCAGAGGUAAAUAGCUAAUAUUCAAAGUUGAUUGGUGGUAGCAAGAAAAUAAUAGCUGCAAAAUGUCGGAUUUACUUCACUUUGGGGAUGAGGAUGAUAACCUGUUCAAGCCAGAAGAAAGUCGUCCAACAAAGGAUAAUUACCUGUUCAAGCCAGAAGAAAGUCGACCAACAAAGUCUUUUGAAGAUAUCUUUGGAGACACUGGAGAAGACAACACUCUAGAUGAUGUUUUAAUGGCCCCUAUACAGGAUGACAUUUUCAAGACCUCUGAUAUUAAACAGGCUGAAACCAUGGUCAGUAAAGCGUCGUCAAAGCAAUCAGCCACCCAAAAAACUGUUGACAGUUUAUUUGGAUCAGAUAUUGAUGAUGAGCCUGAUUUGAUGUUCCCAAAAGGAGACAAAAAGCCUGCCUCUGUGAAAGAUGAUGACUUUGAUUUUCUAUUCAGUACAGCUCAAGUAAACAAAAGUGAUAAGAAAUCUUUUAAAGAUGACUUGGAUGAUUUCUUCGGCUCAGCUGUUACUGCUCAGUCUAGCAAGGCCAGUCUGAAGGCAGAUGCAGGCAUGGAUCUGUUUGACAUGGGUGAGAGUGUCAAUACUGAUGAGGGAGCCUCCACUGAAAUGUGCCAUUUGUUAGCAUCAGAUAUACAUCCAGUGUUCCUUGUUGACCCCCAUGACAGCCUGGAUGCAGUACUGAAAAUGCAGCCAGAGGGAACUGUGCCAGCCUCAGAUGACCUCUUCUCUCUUGCUAACUCUGCUGCUAAUAAUAACACUUGCGCAUUGCAUGAUGAGUACAAUAAGGAGCAGUCAACAGAAGGGGAGACCAAUGAAGAAGUGACUGUGGACGAUAUUUACACUAAAUCUGAGUCAGAGCCCUGCAAUGAGAGUCCUGAACUAGAUGAAGAAGAACCAGUGGCAGAGACAACCAAUACUGACAAAACUGAUGAUGUUGACAAUCUUGAUGUAAAACCAGAGGAGACUGUUGACACCAAAGAAGAACUUGAAGAAGAGAAACACUACACAGAACCUACAAAGAAAAACAAGGCUAAGAAAUCUCUUCCAAAAACAAAUUUGAAAAAGAGUAUGGAGCGUAGUUUUGAGGACUUGCUCACAGGGCUCAGUGAUGAGUCCGAGCCCGAACUCGACGAUCUGAUCAUACCAGGCGCAAUGGAAAGCUCAAACUUAGAGUCCAUCCUUUGGAGUCCGACCACUUCUAAAGCGUUUGAUGAUACUUCAGUGAGGGCAACAGUCUUGGAUAACUCAGAUGCAAUGUAUGCUAUUAGUAGCACUCCAAAUGUUGAGGUCAAGGUCACAGCUCCAGAGAUCAGCAUUGAACCAGCUGAUACUGAAGAUUUCUUUGAGUUUGUGGACAAGGAGGAGAUUGAGGGGCAGGAGGAGGGGGAUAUCAGUGGGGUGGAGAUGAGGCACAAGCCCCAGGCUGGAGAGUUUGACCUUCCUGACAUGCAGGAUGCUAACCAUUUGGAUGUGGAUGUGACCAAGCACAAGUCUGCCCUUGGCAAGCAAGGCUCCCUUGCUCUCCGUAGGAAGCUGUCACGUAAAUCUCGCAGGUCGCUGCUGUCCACAGGUGAAGACGCUCUCUUCCAGGACUCAACAGAGCCAAAGCAAAAUGCUGACAGUGAGGGUGAGGAGACAGUUGAACCUGAGGCGAAUGACUCGCCCCCUGCCAAGAAACCCAGCCCUUCCAUGAUGGUCCCUCUGCCUGGCAUUGCUGCAAAGCCACCACAGAGACUGACACCAAGUGCCACAGACGGUCUUGAGGCUUCCACUGAAACAAAAGAGGUGAAGCGUCUGUCACGACCUCCACCAGGGGCCUUCAUUCUCCCCUCCCCAGCACAAGUAGAUAAACCACUUCGAUCACCAACCAAGCCACCAACAUCAACAAAACAAGUCACUGAGAACAAAUCAGCUGUGUUUGAAAAACCGGCACUGAGGUCCGUCAAACCUGUGACAGAUCAAAGGUCACCGGAACCCAUGGAGACGGGCACAUUCUCUACACCUACCUUAAAGAGUGUUGAACUUCAGGAGGGAGAGAAGAGGGGCCGCUCUGAAAGCAGCGAGAGAGACUUGUCUUUUCAGCCGCCAGUGUUAAGGAGCCGGACAUGUGAAACACCUGAAGAAGACAAACCAAGUCCAUCUAACACAGGAGUGUUCAUCAAGCCAGCUUUGAGAAGCACGCCAAAGCCGGAAAGGAAGUCGUCUGAGUCUGAACAAAGUGAGAAACCAGACUUUGAUGUUCCUCUGAAGAAAGCUUCUAAGCCUGAUUUAAAGCAGAGACAUGAAUCACCUAAACACAUGUUUGAGACGCCCAAAUUGAAAAGCACUGGACGUAAAAUAACACCUGCAGAUGAACAUGACAAUGAUAACACCAACACAAGUGCUAUUCCUAACAAUGACCAUGCAUUUGAUAAACCUGUUCUCCGACAAACAAAAACGAGAAAUGAUUCAGCGGGUGAAUCAGGGUUCACGUUUGAAAAGCCUCCAUUAAAAUCUGCUGUAUCACCUGGCAAUGCUAGAGAAAAACCAGACAACUCAUCAGGCGGAAUGUUUGAAAAGCCUGCGCUAAAACGGGCAACACCAUCUCCAGAAAAAGAAGUGAAACCAGCUACCGAGCCCAAGGGGAUAUUUGACCGGCCGGUGUUGCGGAAAACCGGGUCCGUGAGUCAAGCUGAAAAGGACAAGCAGGAACAAGAGAAGCCGUCUUGGCUGCAGCAGGCUGCAGAAAAGCAGUCCAAAGUCCUUGAUGUCUUGCAGUCUAAAGAAAAUCACCAUACAAGUGAAAAAUCUUUGCCAUCUUGGCUGGAGAAACCUGCACUUAAGAAAACAGGGGGAAGCCCUCUACAGGACUCCAGUAAUACCCAGUCAAGCCAGAACGGAGAUGAGGAUAUGAACAAACUGAGCAAAAACGUAAAAAUCAGGAAGCAGUCUAGCGGCUCUGAGAAUGAACCGAGGGAGUCAAGAUCAGGUUCAGUGACUAAGCCACAUGACAACUACACUCCGAGCUGGCUGCGGCAGGGGAGGUCACCCUCUGUGCCCGCUAGCGGAGUUAUGUCCCCUCCACAGAACAUCCCCACACAGAGCAACGAGAUGCCACAGUGGAAGAUUGAACUGCAGCAGCGGAGGGCCAGCAGGAAGGAGAAAACACCAGAGCAGGAUACGUCAAUGCAAAGUGAUGAGAGUUCAGAGCCAGAGUGGAAGAGAGGUCUGGCUUUGAGGAAAACAUCCCGCUCUACUGCAGCUACCUCUAAAGAUAACCAUUCUGUGGAGCCAGAAUGGAAGAAAGCUGCAGAAGAGAAGCGUGCUCGCUUGCGAAAUAAUGAUGCUGAUAUAAGUUGUGACCAAUGACAGGGUAGUAUAAGAUAUUGUGUACACCCCUUGUAGUUUUCUGGCCAAUGAUUGCUUUGCAGUGAUUGCUCCUGUAUCCUCCACCUUCCUUCACCAUAGCCAAUCACAUUGAUUAUCAUUCAAAAACUUCUUCAAGUCACAAUGCAUUUUCCUAGCAGUCUGACCUUAGUUUUAGACAGAGACUAAAGGCAUUUCAGCAAUGUCUACAAUGCUACAUGGUCAUCCAAAUUAUAUGUUUUGAACCUUUGCAUCAUUUGUUAUUGAUUGCACAAAAGCUGCUUCAAAGCUUUUUCGUAGAAACAUAGCAUGGUAUUGUGCAUUUCUCCCUGUAUAAAUGUGCACUAUCACCAUGAAUGGCAAAAAAUGUGUCAUUUUUUGGACAUUUCAUUGAGGAUGGCAAGGGUGUUGUCCUUUGUGUUUAUUUUCAUAUAAUAUUACAAGAGUUCUGUCCUUUCAUUGGACAGAGAGAGUGCAGUGUCAUAUGAGCACAUAUGUAAACUUUGCUCAUGCACACUUUCUACACCAUCAAACAAAGUUUCAUCUUAUCUCUUUCCCUUCCCUUUUUUCUGGUUUUGGGACCCUUUAUGUUUUGCAAACCAGUCAGUGAAUUCUUUACACCACAUUGGUGUGGAUAGCACUAGUUUUUUCAAUGUUGACGAAAUUUUAUUGUAUCUUUUGUUUCGUGUUUGGAAGCAUAGAUAUUUUGCUUCUUCUUUUGCUAGCUGGACAAUUAUUGUUUCCUAUAACAAGGUAAUUCAUUUCAAUAUAGACAUCUCAGAGGUAGAUAAAACAUAUUUAUGUGUAGUUAUUAACCAGGUUUUUAAAUAAAGUUAAAAAUCGUUACUAAAACUAAAACAAUUGUCGUGCUCAAAACUUGAGUCUGGAUGGAGAUAUUGUGCUGAAAUUUUGUAUGAGAUUCCAUUAGGGACAUGUUGGGUCACGAUCAACAAGUUUUUAUUUGGCUAUUGUUGUUUUAUAUGUUUGUAGCUUACUGUCAACUUGGGUCGCAUGUGGGAUUAGUAAGAUCAAGGUCAAGAUCACUGUUACUUAAAAAAAAAUUGUACUCAAUCAAUUGAGUUUUCAUGGAGGUUUUCCUUUGAAAUGUGAGUGUAGGUAAGCUUAGAAGCAGACCUAGCAUUAAAAUCUGUGUGUAGGUAAGCUUACAUGCAGACCUAGCUUUGAAAUGUGUGUGUAGGUAAGCUUACAUGCAGACCUAGCUUGGGAAUGUGUGUGUAGGUAAGCUAACAUGCAGACCUAGCUUUGAAAUGUGUGUGUAGGUAAGCUUACAUGCAGACCUAGCAUUAAAAUCUGUGUGUAGGUAAGCUUACAUGCAGACCUAGCUUUGAAAUGUGUGUGUAGGUAAGCUUACAUGCAGACCUAGCAUUAAAAUCUGUGUGUAGGUAAGCUUACAUGCAGACCUAGCUUUGAAAUCUGCGUGUAGGUAAGCUAACAUGCAGACCUAGCUUUGAAAUCUGUGUGUAGGUAAGCUAACAUGCAGACCUAGCUUUGAAAUGUGUGUGUAGGUAAGCUUACAUGCAGACCUAGCUUUGAAAUGUGUGUGUAGUUUAGCUUACAUGCAGACAUAGCUAUGAAAGUAUCAAUAAUUAAAAGUAUUUUCUUGUUUUAUAUGAUGAAAGGGUUCAACCUGUCUGCAAGUUGAUUGUCAAAUUCUUCGUGAUUAUUAGCAUAUCCAAAUGUAUACUACAUGUAUGACAGAGGUCAAGUUCAAUGUAUAGUUUGUGUUUUGUACAAGCAUGCUGGUGCUAGGACUAGAAUGUGUUCCAUGGAAGCAUCUGUUAUUUUCUACCAGGGAAACCUGUUUGCCAAGGCUAUCUAUGUCCAUAAUUAUUUUCCUUCCAUAACAUGCACCAAAUAUAUUAUUAUAUGAAUGAUAAUAAGUGCUAACAUCAUUUAUGUAAGUUGUGUGAUAGUUUAGAAGUAUAGAUCUCUAAUUCCAUGGUCACAUUAAUCAAAAUAUAUAUAAUUAAUGCAAUAGUAAUAAUCUCACCUUUUAAUUAACAUGAACUAGAAACGUUCCACUAAGGGGAUAAUCAUCAUUGGAAACAAGAAACACUUUCACCAUGUCCCCCCCAAUAUACUUGACCUUUGACCUUGAAGGAUGACCUUGACCUUUCACCACUCAUAAUGUGUAGCUUCAUGAGAUACACAUGCAUGCCAAAUAUCAAGUUGCUAUCUUCAAUAUUGCAAAAGUUAUAGUGUAUAUAAAAUGAGCGAUUUUGACCCAUAUAUUUUUCCUUUGACCUUGAAGGAUGACCUUGACCUUCCACCACCCAAAAUGUGCAGCUCCAUGAAAUACACAUGCCUGCCAAAUAUUGCAAAAGUUAUGGCAAAUGUUAAAGUUUGACGCAAACCAACAAACAGACAGGGCAUUUAAUUUCAUUUUAAUUUUCAAAUAUAUCGAUAGCAAAUAUUAUACUGUAACAGCUUUAUAGCAUGCACAAAUAAGUCUUCUUUAAAGUGUGCUACUGAAAAUAAGCCUUGGCAAAGUUUAUUUAUGUGCAUGAUAAUUGAUUGGCUGUUUAUGACCAGCACUUUUACCUAUGAAUUAUUGAGUGUAUUAAAGAAGGCUUUUCACAGAUUUUGGCAUGUUUUGAAGUUUGUCAUUAAAUGCUUUAUAUUGAUAAAUGUAAACACUAAAUUUUAAAAGCUCCAGUAAAAAAUAAAAAAUAAAAUUUUAAAAAGGAAAAAAAAAGUAGCCCGCCGCAGGGCUCGAACCAGUGACCCCUGGAAUCCUGAAGUAAAAACGCAUUAGCCAACUGAGCUAUCCUGCCAAGCAUGCUAAGAUACUUAUUUUAUACGUUAUAUAAGCAAUCUUCGUAGUUUCAAAAAUUUAAACGACAACAACAGAACUCUCCAAAUUAUUCUAUUGUUUCGCGUUGCAACGCUUUAUAAUUUUUAGGUUUUUAAAUCGUCAAAAGAUGCAUAUAAUGGAUAUUUUAGAGCAUGGUAAAUACAUGUUCAGUUAUGCUGUUUCCUAACAAAUAUCAUAACUUAACUAAAAAUUUGCGAAUCUGAAACAACUUUUUUCAAUUUUGUCAAUUUACCAAACCGUGAAAAGAUCCCUUUAAGGCAUGUCAUGAUGUCCAGGUAGUUAAAGCCAGACAAGUGUAAAGAUCUGAAGCAUGAUUCUGUUCCUCCACAUUACUGCUACCAAGUACUGCUGGAUAUAUGAACAUGAGAGUGGAUUUGUAAAUAAUAUAAUAGUUUGCAAGAUAAAACAUUAAUGUUUUAAAAUAAAAUAAAAAUAAAAAAUUCUGUGUGUUUUGUUUCAGAAAAUAGUUGUGUAAAAGAUGAAAGAUUGAUAUAUGUAUUAAUAAUACACUUGUUGACAUAAAUUGUUUUACAGUUUGUUGAACUUUGUUAUAAAUAUAGCUUGUUAAUAUGGCAAUUGUUUGUUUAUUUCAUGAUAUUUGUGCAUUUAUUGUUUGUAUAAAAAAAUCUUUGUUGGACACCACUGUUAUGCAUUAAUGGUUUUAAUUACUGAAAGUUUAAUAUUCUUGAAAUCUGAGGAUUUGAUUAUAGAGCAUGAUAAUACAACUAAAAUUAUUAAUAUAAUAGCUUUGUCAUUAUAUUUUUGAAUUACGAUUGCAAAUGCAAUUAGGUGCAUUUAUUUGCUUACAGGUAUUCAUGUUUCAAAGCAUUGUUCAAAAAUAAUUAUUAUUUAGAAGGACCAUUUUGUACACAUUUUAUUAUUAUAACACAUUCCAGGUACAAUACAUUUUGAUACAAUUUUAACUUUAUUUAUUUUAAAUGCUCAAUAUUAGUUAUUUAUUUUUAAAUGCAAAAGCAUUCAUGCAUUCGAGGUGUUUAUAUGAUAUAAUGAUCUGUGCUCUGGGAAAACAGGGCUUAUUACGUGUUCAAGAAUGUCCUGUGGAAUUGGCCUGUGAAGUCAUCAUAGGCUUAUCAGGGAAGAUUUAUCAGCCUUAACACCAUAAUGGUUAUGAAAGAAAUUUCUUUAAACAAAAAAUUGCAUGAAAUCCAAAAAUACCCCUGAUAAGCAAGUGCGGACCCAAUAUUUAUAAUCUUUGACAACACUUUAUGCAAUAAGUCCAGUUCCAAGAGUGCAUCUCAUAUUAUUUUAAUUUGCUCAGAUUGAUGUCUUUGAGGACCAUGUUUCAUGAAUGUACUGAAUGAAGACAGUGAAAUUAUCAUAUAUUAUUUACAUCAACUUAAGAUGUAAAUAUAAAUGAAACAAUAUGUAAAGCUUAUCAACAUUGCUUCCAAGUUUUUACAAUUUUAUCUGACAUAUGCAAACAUGGACCAGAAGUCAUGGACCAGAAGUAAUGGACCAGAAGUCUAUUGUUCUACAAUUGUAACAGUUGAUCGUGAUACUCUUGUAUAACCUUCUUAAUUUUUCUGUAUCAGACAAGUAGAUACAAUAAUUACAUGCUCAACCUUACAUUAGCAUUCCAUUUACUUGUACAAUCAAUUGAUUACAUCAAUCAUGCCACAUGUUUAAUAAUAUAAUGAUAAGAAUAUAAAAAUAUUUCUUAUAUUCAUAAAAAUUUAUGCAGUCUUUUAUAAUUAUUCACUAAUUAUUAACUGGACAUUAUGAAUUUGUUUUAAUUAUUUUGGAUGGCAAUAUUCAAAUCCCAUGGUAUUUAUAGUUCAAUAAGCAAUUAAAUAUAUGAAUUGCAGGUGUUCGAAAUAUGGCAAUGUCAUAAAGUAGCAUCUUUCUUAUGAAGAAUUGCCAAAUUUUAGUUUCAUAACUCUAGUAAUUGCAUAAAAUUACAUGGAUAUAAUAAUUAACUAUAAGAAUAUUUUAGCCUCUGUAAAUUGGUAUAUAUGCUAAUGGUGAAAAGUACAUGCACAGAAAAUGGAUGACAGAGUAUGCUAUCAAUUUUUUUACAACGUUUAAAUGGGGUAGACAAAGUACUUUCAAAAAUUUAAUUCAAAAUCUCUGUUACUUCUUUUUUGUCAUUGUAUCUUAGUUUGGUUAUUGAUAUUGCAAUUUUUCAUAAGCCAUCCUCAUAAAGAACAUUAAUGUAAUUAUAAGUAUUAAAGUAAUAGUUGUCUUGAAACAAUUAACAUAUUGGGUAUUCUUAAUUACUGUUGUACUAUGUGGACAGUGAUUGUUUUGUUUUCACAUUUCAUUUAGUGUAAUCACCCUUAAAUUAUUUACAUACAUUAUGGUAUUUAAAGUGUUUCGAUACUGUACAAGUAUAUUUUUAAAUAAUUUAAAACUGUGUUAUUAUUACUUUUUGUGUUAAUAGUAUUCAUGCUUAUUUUGACAGUUAACUGUAAUAAUUAUUUUAAUUAGAAGAUAAAUUUUCCCAAAUGCUGAUGAUAGUUAAUCUAAGGUCUUUAGUGCUUCUGUUUGUGUUUUGAAAUGCUCAAAAUGAUACGCCAAUGCAGGGUUAUUCAAGUGACCUUAAUUGUAUAGAUGAAAUGUUGACUGUUUUGUCUCUCAAAGGCAAUUUAACUGAUGGGGCCUUUUAUUAAUAUUUCAUGGCAAAUUUAUAAGGGAAAUCAAUUAUUGAAGUAGCAUUAUUGAUCAGCUCCAAUAGAACAAUAACUAUGAGUUUAUUACUAUAAGUAUAUGUGUUUAUUUCAAAGGUAUCUUUAGCAUGUUCAUUAGCUAAGAACAUAUUCAGCAUAAAUGUCUAAUAAAAUUACUUAAAAGGUCUGUUUUCAACUAUAGCUGCUUUAUGAUCUUUGACUAAAGUCUAGGUUCAGUAUUUUUGAAGCAUGUUUGUCAUUUUUUCAGAUGACCUUGAUUAGUGCAAAUGCUAUAUUGUUGUUUUGUUUUCUUCAGUGCCUAGCCUUAAUGCUUUCCUUAUGCAAACAAGGUCCUAUAUGUGGAUUCCACGAUCAUUGAAAACUACUGAUAUAUGUAUUAUGUGUGUUGCUAUUAUGAUGUGCUUAAAAAUAUAAUUAAAUACAUACAUGAAGUAUACUUCAUUAUUAAUAAAUAGAAUUUUAUUGUU